GCCUGACAAUCGUUCGUAUGGCGGUCGGAAGAGGACCGAGCGCGGUUAUUCUCCGCGUUAAUACGCAUUGUAAAACGUGGGAUAAAUAAGCGAGAGAAUGGUACAAUCAUGAUUCAAGCUGGAAACGACCCUGAAGAGAGUUCAGCAGCUCGGAUGUCCUGUAUACACUGUAUACAACGGUGACACAGCUGUACACACAUAGAUCACAGCCAUGGAUAUACAGAAGAAAUUCCUGUGCCCCCGAUUGGUAGAUUAUCUCGCCAUCGUGGGGGCCAGGAUGCCUGCUACCUCUCGUCAGCCCGUACAGGUUCCGGAGUUGCUACGCAGAUAUCCGGUGGAGGAUCACAAGGAUUUUCCUCUGCCUCUGGAUAUGGUGUACUUCUGCCAACCGGAAGGUUGCAGUAGCGUGGGACCAAAGCGCACGGCCUUACGAGAGGCAACGUCCUUUACCUUCACCCUCACCGAUAAAGAUUCAGGAAAAACGCGUUACGGGAUCUGUGUGAAUUUCUACCGACCUACUGAAAGAGCGGGGGUCGUGGCUGGCGGGGGAAUUUCGCUCAAGAGAGAAAAGUACAAUACCACGUUUCGUAGAGAAAGCUGGAGGAAGAGCAUGGAGAGAAGCACGGAUUCCGCUUUUUCUAGCGACUAUAGGAGCAGUGCAGUGGGUCCUAGUGACUCUGAGAAAGAUUGCUCUAGUAGCAGGAGGGAUUCGGACACCCCGCAGGUACCCCACGCUCCGAGAUUAGAAUUCAUCGCACCGAGUGGAGACAGCGAGAGCGGCGGCAGUCAUUCCCCUUCGCCACGUGCAUCUCGAAGACGUCAGAGGGUUCGCAAUCAUUCCUUGACUUCACUAUGCAUAAUUUCUCAUCAUCCGUUCUUCUCGAUGUUCCGAGAAUGUCUUUUCGUUCUGAAGAAGAUCAUCGACGCGUGCAACGAGAGUUUUUCGCCGCAGAAAGUUGGAGCUUCUCGGCAGACCAACAGAGAUACAGUAUGGAGUGUUCUGACGGGUCAGGCUCUGGGCGACACGCCGUCUAUCGUACUUCACGACGUUCGCGAAAUUGAGACAUGGAUACUGCGUUUACUCAGCAGCCCCGUGCCCGUUCCAGCAAAGACACGCGUCGAGGUUGAGAUAAUAUCAUCGAGCUUGCAACCCCCGCUGUGUUUCGCCUUGCCGGACCAUACCAGGUUCACCCUAGUCGAUUUCCCUCUGCAUCUGCCGUUGGAACUUCUCGGCGUCGACAUAUGUUUGAAGGUCCUCACGCUGAUUCUCUUAGAAAACAAGAUUGUACUUCAAUCACGGGAUUAUAACGCUUUGUCCAUGUCGGUCAUGGCGUUUGUCACGAUGAUCUACCCGUUGGAGUACAUGUUUCCCGCAAUACCCUUACUUCCCACGUGCAUGAGCUGCGCGGAACAAUUGCUGCUCGCUCCGACUCCUUUCGUGAUCGGAAUACCUGCGUCCUUCCUAUUGUACAAAAAGAACUUCAAGAUGCCCGAUGAUAUCUGGCUGGUAGACUUAGAUAGCAAUAAGAUAACGGCACCAGGCGCUUUGGGCGAAGACAGUUUACCACCUUUGCCGGAACCGGAGGGUACCAUCUUGAAGAAUCAUCUGAAGCAGGCAAUGCAACUGAUGGAUCAAGUUGGCUCUAGUGCGAUGGCCAGUAUGUCAGGCCCUCCAUUGCCUCCGCAAGACAUCUCGAUGCGUCUGUCUUUUCAGGCGCCAAGCAGAAGAGAAAGCGCAACCUCCCAUCUUUCCAGUUUAAGUGUAGCAUCGACGAAGCACAGGCCGAGCAUCGAUCAGUGCUCACAUGUUCAACACACUCCGUUGAAUUCGCCUAGCAUGAGCUCAUCAUCGAGUCCACCUCGUCGGCCGUCGAUGUCACAGACGAUCGGUGGAUACGGCCCGGCCGGUCCGUAUCCGCCGAAGGUGACCGGACAGAGCCCGGCACCUUUCAAUCCCUUCAUCUACGGAAACGACGUGGAUUCAGUAGACAUUGCCACGCGGGUCGCUAUGGUGCGAUUCUUUAACUCACAGAACCUGUUGGCCAACUUCACCGAGCACACUCGUACCCUGCGACUAUACCCUCGGCCAGUGGUGGCCUUCCAAAUCAACUCGUUUCUUCGCUCGCGACCCAGGAAGAGUAGCUUCCUCAACAGAUUCGCGCGUACGCAGGCGGUCGAGUUUCUGGCCGAAUGGUCCCUCACGCCAAGCAAUGUGGCCUUCCUCCGAGUGCAGACCGGGGUGUUCGACCCAGCGCAAAUUGGCGACAAGCCGCGCUGGUACGCGACCAAUCUCGAGCCAAUCUACUUUCCCGUUUGGGACUCCGGUAGCUCGCUGGCGAACGCUCUGAAAGCGAUGAGGGAACAUGAGACGCAGCCUACAGACGAAAGCGGCUCCGAUUCUGAGGGCGCCGAAAGCACCAGCUCCUCUUAUUCCUCUCUGAGCGAUUUCGUCUCUGAGAUGGCAUCGUCAGAUUUAUCACCGGGGUACAAUUGCCCACAAGUGAGUCAGCCUCAACAAAUGUCGCUCUCAGUGGAUCCAAAGAACGUUUACAAUCCACCAAGUUCUUUGCAAUAUCCCGGGGUGGAGGAGGACUCACCGAUACGACCCGAGAGUCCGCCGAGCACGUCUUCUAGUCACAGCGAUCUCAGUAGCCCAAGCUUUAACAGAGACUCCGAGCUUGAGUUAAAUCCAAAAAUUCUCGAGGGUUCGCAGUCUACUAAUGAUAAAGAGGAGGGUGGUAGCUUUGAGUCAGACUCCGCGUCGACAAUAACACCGCGCACUAUCCUGAGCGCACAAAGUUCGGUAGGACAGUUCACAGGGAUAAGCAUGGGAUCUUUAGGCACUCAAUCUUCGCUCAACGAUACUGAACGUCCUACCACACCUCACAGGACUUCACGUAUCAGUAGAUAUGUCACUCCUGUACCACCCACGGGACCGGGUCUACAGCGUCAGCCAAGCGUUGGCAACGUCCUGGCGAGAGCCUCCAGCUUCAACACCGCUGGUGGGCCUCUCCUACCACGACAGAUAAGUGCGGUCACCACCACCGAGCUUCAGCAUCACGAAGCGAUGCAGCUUCAACGUCAGGCAUCGGCAGGACCAACGAUUAUGCAGAAAUCUAGCAACGAUAACUUGGUGCAACGGCAGAAUAGCGGUGGCAGCGGUAGUAGUACCGCUACCGGAAACGGUGUUCUUCGACAGGGCUCGCAGGGUUCUUUGUUCGAGCAGAUUGCUAGCCAGGCGAAGGACUUAAUGCGCGAAACUAGACAGAGCAGCCAGGAUGGGCUACUUGCACACAUGGACAAGCUGAAGCAGGCAAAAGAAAAAAUUACAGAGGCAAGCGAAGACAGUCUAUUCGCGCCAUUGGAGCAAUUGACGCAACAAACGAAGAAAGCGGUAGGUGAGGCUACCAAGUCAGUGCAAGAGGUAUCGAAAACCGCGCUGGAGGCGAGCAAAACCGCGGCGGGUGUUAGUAAAAAUACUCUGGAUGAUUUGACAUACGUCGGCAAGAGCACAUUGGGAGAUUUGACAAAAAGUGCUAAAGAAGCCGCCGCAAAGAAAGGCUUGCUCAAGGGUCUUGGAGAGUCGCAACAAUCACCCACACAUUCGCCGCAAUCUCCCAAUACGCAGCAGCGGAAGGAUUCGGUCAGUAAUCAGCUAGUCGCGUCUGAUUCUCGAGGUGGGGUUGGACGAGACUUUUUCAGCAAUAUUAGCAGCGAUCUGAACGGUUUCGCCGCACAGACCAGCAGCAUGUUCAGCGAUUUAUUUGGUAGUAAAAAUAAUUCCAAUCGAGGCAGUAGCUUCUUUCCACAAAAUCAGAAAUCGAAAGAGAAGACCAAUCCAAUUCUUGGACCAUUUCCUAAAGUUGUAGGAAAAACAGGAUUGGUAGAGCGUUCCUCAUUAAUAAAACAUUCUACACACAAAGUUAAUCAAGAAGACGCGCAAAGAAUGCAAAACGCAGAACGUUCCAGCACAAAUAGCGACAAUCAAGCCUUUUUAAAUGAUGUGGUGACGCAAGUGUUGGCUGGCGAAGGUGUUGGUUGGCUCAAAUUGAACAGAUUAAAGAAAUUAAUGGAGGAUGAAAAUUAUCGGGAUUUAGUUGUAACGAAGCUAAAUAAGGGUCUUAAUAGGAAGAUUAGUCCGAACGAUCACAUUGACGAUGUGGCCAUAUCAAAGCCCGUGUAUAAGGGAAUGUUAAAGUGCCUUCAAGCAAUAACACACGGUCUCGCGCAUACGUAUAAUAAUUUUGGACUAGGCGGGAUGGCGUCUGUCUUCCAACUGAUGGAAAUCGCUCACACACAUUACUGGAGUAAAGAUCUGUCCGAAGGUAGCGGCUUCGACAGCUCUCUGAUGUCGCAGGCGUCUAGCCCAUUCGGUAGCAGAGAAAAUCUAAAAUCCCCGCAAUCCCCGAAUCAACCUGACUUCAUGGAUCCUACGCAAAAAUCGGAACUACCGCAAGUGCAUUUGGAUGCGCCACAGGCACCACCGGCGGGGGAUACAAGCCAAUCGACAACGGACAUGUUCCUGGACAUGUUCACAAAGAAAGGGAAAUUUCUAAGCAAGCUCACUUCAUUCGACUCGGAGAGUGGGCGGGGUGGUGGAACGGGGAGCAGCGAAGCUUUAUCCACUGACGGAGGUAGCAUUAUCACUAAUCCUGCUUUUCGGCAAGCGCACCAAGCUUCCUUCCGAAGCACCGUGUCUGAUAGCGAGGUCGAGCAAGGCAAUUUUCCUCGACAGGGCAAACAGCGUUCCGGCAGCGUCUGGUCCAGCAAGUCGUCUUUAAGCACCGGAUUCCGGUAUCACGGUGGAAGUUUAAUACCUACCACAACGUUACCAAGUCCGGAGACUGCGAGAACGUAUCUCUUUGAAGGUUUAGUGGGGAAGGACAGAUCGUCUCUAUGGGACGAAAUGCAGUUCUGGGAAGACGCCUUUUUGGACGCCGUCUCGCAGGAACGCGACAUGAUGGGCAUGGAUCAAGGACCCGGAGAAAUGGUAGAGAGAUACAAGAGUUUAAGUGAGAGCGAAAGACGAAGAUUGGAACACGAGGAGGACAGACUGCUGUGCACUUUGCUGCACAAUCUCACCGCCGUUCUGGUGAUGUUAAACGCUGAUAAGAACGAGCUGAAGCGGAAGGUACGCAGGCUGCUGGGCAAGAGUCACAUCGGCCUCAUCUACAGCCAGGAACUGAAUCUACUUCUCGACCAAAUAAACAACCUCCACGGAAACGACAUCGACCUGAAGCCCUUAACAUCCCGGCAAAUGCACCGGCAAUCGUUCACCGUGCACUCGGGGGUCGACGCCGAGGGCGACCUGCGCUUCCUCGAGGUUCGCCACGAUGGCCUUGUGCUGAGAUCGGUGAACGGCGUAAUAGUCGAGCGAUGGUGGUAUGAGCGCGUGGUCAACAUGACCUACAGUCCGAAAAAUAAGGUUCUAUGUUUGUGGAAGAAGAGUGGCGGCGAUACUAAGUUACACAAGUAUUAUACUAAGAAGUGUAAGGACGUGUACUACUGCAUUAAGGAUGCAAUGGAGAAGGCAGCAGCUCGCGGACGAGGCGUGAACGUGGCGAACGAGCUCGGCGGUGAGUUUCCGGUGCAGGAUAUGCGAACGGGCGAGGGCGGACUUCUGCAGGUCUGCAUGGAAGGCGUCGGUCUCCUCUUCGCGAAUAGCAAGUUUUUUGUAAGACUCGAUCAUAUCCGCAAGUGCUUUACUCAAAAGGAUGGAAUCUUUGUUUUGGAAGAAUUCAAUCCUAAAACUAGACAAGUAAUUCAACGUAAAUAUAAGUCACAAAUGGCAUCUGAUAUCUGCUAUGCUGUCCUCUGCGUAUUUUCUUACGUGGCGGCUGGUUCGGAACAACGAAAACAACAGGGCCAGCAGCAACAGCAGCAGCAACCGCAGUCACAAUCGCAACAACAGUAUACUCUGCAACCGCAUCAACAACGUCAGCACCAACAACAGUUGCAACAGCAUCAGCAGCAACAACAGCAGCAACAUCAGCAGCAGCAACAAAACUAUCAAAUUCGAUAUCCCUAUCAGCAACAUAGACAGGAGCAAUCACAAUCGAGCAAUGUAACACCGCAGGUGCACAAAAACACGCAGUUGAAUCCCUAUCCUCGUCAACACUGACACAGGCAACGACACUCGCUUCCCUUCGUUAGCAUCCACGACAAGAAUAGUUGCGCCCCUUACGCCUGCCUACCCUGGGUAUAAGCAUGUUAUCUCUUUUCCAAAAAGUAUUUUAUUUAAAGAUUCGUGAGACAUAGGCAAGAUAACAAUUUUGUUUGAUUUCUCUCUCUCUCUCUCUCUCUCUCUCUCUUCAGAUUAGCCAACGUUCUUUCCUCUUCCGGGAAUGAAGUUAUUGCGAAAAAUCGUAAUAAUUAAAAACACAAGAAAAGAAAUUAAUAUUUAUUCUUAGCUUAAUUCGUUAAUAUUGGAUUUUUGCGGCGCAAAUUUUUAUUACGUAGUCCUGCGUCGAUGUGAUAGCUAUGGUAUUCUUGUAUUCGUGCGUGCACGUGAGUAUACGUGUACGUGUCACUUAAAGCAAUUAAAUACAAUAAGUAUUCGUAAUUGGCGGUACAAUUUUAUAUGAAUAUGACACGAGGUGAAAGAGAGAUUGUGAUCGUCCGCGAUUCGGAAGAAUAAAAGAUUUAUUUUAGCUCGUGUAUAGUCGGAGUAAGCGGUUGGUAAAUGCCAAAUUGCGAUAUCCUCGCUAACUUUUGAAUCUUUUGAUUACCAAUAUUAUCUAUUAUUUCUAUCGUCUUAUAAUAUGCUCGAUAUUCUGUCACGAUAAAACAAUGAAGUGUAAAUAACGACAAGUAGAUCUCUAUUCGUUUGCUGUCUCUCUUUUUUUUCUCGCCCAUAAUCGAGUCUAAUCUGUGAUUUCUAUCCAUUUUGUUUAUAUACAGCGUGUACGUGAGAUGUUAGCGAAAACUGUUGUGUGUAGAAUGUAUAGAAAAAUGUACUAUCUCGAUGUCUCGAGUAAAUACUGUAGUUAUUAUUUUAUACAAGUUCAAAUACGGAAAAAAAAGGAAGAUCUCUCAAUAGCUCGUAGAGCGUUCGUUAGGGUACAUGUAAUGUUCCCAAAAAAUAUACAUUAUAUAUAAUAUAAUAGUGUAACUGUAUAAUACAAAAGAAACAUGUAAGACAACAUCUCUAAAACGCUGUGAAAAUUUGCAUCCUCUGAUGCGUUUUCCUACGACUCGUGCGAGAUUUAAUUUAGACGCGUAUUAUUAAUAAAUUUAGUUAGACAUGGCGACAGCGGAAACACAAUGAGAUCGCGAUUUCCAACCGGUUAAUCGGAACCGGUACUAAGCGCGAAGCAAAUGUCUCUCUUCACUUUGGAAACUUAUACUUUCGUUGUAUUCUUCCUUGCCGCAUCUGUUUCUCGAUAUCCGUCACGUUAUAAAUACGCAUCACGUAAGGUAGAUGAACAAUAAUGACCAGCUUAGAAAAGGUGUAAACUCAGUCGCGAACUCAGCGUGAUGUAAACGUAGCGUACGUGUCUCUACACGAGAAGAAGUGAUAUAUUUUCUUGCAACGUAUAAGAGGCGUAUAGAUAUUUGUAAAAAGGAAUAGGAUUUGUAAAUAGAACAAUUGGCGGUGUAGUAAGCGGUACAGAGAGAGCAAAGGCGUGAACACCCCUUUUUAUUUCUCGUCUUUUAAUACGACUAUACAUGUUAGAGCUCGUUCGUCGGUUGAGUUAGCGAGAGGUGCGUUUUUUAAAAGUGACAGAAAGAGGGAGGAUACGUUCUCUUCUAAACACCUAAAAAAAUAGAAAGGAAGAAACAUAUACACAAUUCUUUGUACCAAGUUUGUCUGCCUAAGUCCCGAUGUUUAGAAAUUCUACACAUUCGAUCGAUCAUUAUCAUUUCAGAUAUAUCACGGUUAUGCGAUAAAGAAAAAUUUAGAUCUCUAGGAGAGAAAAAUUAAUACCUCGCAUUGUAUAGUACUCAUCCAUGUAGAUGCCUCACGCCCAAAAUAUACUUGUAGCCAAAUCGGAAUUGAACGGUAUUUAUUUACCUUCACCUAAUUGCGAUUUAUAAUAAGUAUAAUUCGAAUUUUUAACAUAACUAUGCAUGAUGUUCGUAUGUGGAACGGAGAACGCUCCAAGUAAAUCCGAUCACAAUUUAUGCGACGAUGUUUAUUAGAUAAUUGCAGACAUACAUGAACAUAUGGUCUCAUAAAUAUUCAGUUGUUAGCUAUAAUUCAUUAUAAACUCAAUUGAUAAUUAAUCUUCAUUGGCCUCGAGAUGCGUUUAAAAUGACAAAGAAGCAAUUGCAUCUCGCAUA